AUGAAGCGCAAGAUUGAAGAGACAAACGAGGCAGCCGAAAAGGAAACGGCUGCUCCUGCCGAGACAGAUAAGGGGUUUUCCUUUACCGACCUUGCCCUCGACGCUCGCCUUGUGCAGGCCAUCGCCGAGCAAAAGUUUUCCCAGCCGACGCUGGUGCAGCGCAUGGCCAUUCCCAUUGCUCUCAAGGGCCAGGAUGUUCUGUGCAAAGCCAAGACUGGUUCUGGAAAGACUGCUGCCUACGUCCUGCCCGUGUUGGCCGGAAUCUUGAAGCGCAAGACUACGGAUUCCGAACCUGCGACCACGGCCCUGAUCCUUGUACCGACGCGCGAACUUGCCGACCAAGUUUUCAAAGCCAUUGAGCAGUUCUCAGCCUUUUGCUCAAAGGAUGUGCGAGCCGUCAAGCUCACCGACAAACUAUCCGACGCCGUCCAGCGGUCGCUGCUCGCCACGCUACCCGACAUUGUCAUUUCAACGCCCGCGCGGGCAUGGCACAACGUCAAUGGAAACUCGGCUGCGUUGUCUCUGAGCAAACUAUCACAUCUCGUUCUGGACGAAGCGGACCUGCUGCUCUCAUACGGCUACGACAGCGACCUGGAGAACCUGUCCUGGUCAUUACCGAAAGGUAUCCAGACAAUUAUGAUGAGCGCGACCCUGACAUCCGAGAUCGAUUCUCUCAAGAAAAUCUUCUAUCGCGAUAAUGUGCCCGAACUGCUGGACCUGGAGGAGCCGGAUAACGAGGGCGAGGGCAUCACGCAGCUGUUCACCAAGUGCGGAGAGGACGAAAAGUUUUUGCUGGCCUACAUCAUUUUCAAGCUCAAGCUCGUCAAGGGCAAGUGUAUAAUCUUUGUCGGCGAUAUUGAUCGCUGCUACCGCUUGAAGCUGUUUUUUGAGCAGUUUGGCAUCCGCAGUUGCAUCCUGAACUCGGAGCUACCUGUCAAUUCGCGAAUCCACGUCGUGGAGGAAUUCAACAAGAACGUUUACGAUAUUAUUAUUGCAUCUGACGAGAAGGAAAUCCUUGGUAGUGAAGAUCAGGCCGCCGAGGGUGAGGCGGAAGAGGGCCAGGAGGAAGAGGCAGAAGAGGCGACGGAAACGAGCGAGAAGCGGCCGAAAAAGAAGCGAAAGUCUACAAAACAGGAUCUGGAAUACGGUGUCUCAAGAGGAAUCGAUUUCAAGAACGUUGCGGCCGUCAUCAACUUUGACUUGCCGACGACGGCGUCGUCUUAUACACACCGCAUCGGGCGAACGGCGCGGGCGGGCAAGGCGGGCAUGGCGCUCUCGUUUGUGGUGCCCAAGGACCAGUACCGCAAGCAUAUUCCCACGACGAUAGCCAGCGCGGAAAAGGACGAAAAGAUUCUGGCGCGUAUCACGAAGCAGCAGGCCAAAAAGGGCAAGGAGAUGAAGCCGUACAACUUUAGCACUGAGCAAGUGGAGGCUUUUCGGUACCGCAUGAAUGACGCUCUGCGCGCUGUCACCAAGGUGGCGGUGCGUGAGGCGCGAACAAGGGAGCUGCGACAAGAGCUUCUCAAGAGCGAAAAGCUCAAGCGAUACUUUGAGGAGAACCCGACGGAAAUGGCCCACCUGCGGCACGACGGCGAGCUCCGCACAGCGCGACAACAAGCGCACUUGAAACACAUUCCGGAGUACCUGCUGCCCAAGGAGGGCAAGGAGGCGCUCACGGCGGACAAGAUUGGAUUUGUGCCGCUGCGCAAGUUUGGUGGCAAGGAUCGGAAAAGCAAGAGGGGCAAGUCGGGGAAGAGGAUCGGAUCGCGCAAGGGAGAUCCGCUCAAGACGUUUUCGGCGCGUAGGAGGAAGUGA